AUGGAGUACAAUUCAGCCGACGACGGCGAGACGGGCUCGAAGCUGGAGUUGAUAGACGUGCGGGACCUGGACGACGAAGAGCGGAAGCAACUGCUGGCCGAAGUGCCGAAGGCGUGGAAGAAGAUCAUCACGGACUCGGGGUGUCUGGAGCACUGCAUCCAGGUGCAAUACGUACGCCAAGAAGCCACGAGCCGUUGGCAGAAACUGGGCUUCGCCACGAACUGUUGGCAGAAACCGGACUUCGCCAUCGGCCUCGGACUUGGAACUAUUUUGGGGGGCGCGUUCAUGUCAGUGCUGGUCUAUUACUUGUGUGAUCGCCGACACGACAACCUCUUGUCCCCCACCAAUUCGGCGACGGACAGCUGUAACACCACUUUACAUAGUUCUACCCCUUCAGAGAAUACCCCUAGUUGGUCCGAAGCUGUGACUCGUAUCCUGUCCGACACCAUGUUCAACGCGGCUGGCAACGGCACCCCACCUGACACCAGGACCCCCCGCAUUGCCAUCGAGGCGACCUGCAAGCCCCGCUGGAACGUCAACGACGUAACGACGCUUAUUUCUAAGACGGAGUUGGCGGAUCUGAGAGUGCCGCCGGAUGUUUGCCAAGAGAAAUACGAGAAUUUGAGAUCGGCAAAAGGGACAAAUAUGGUGCCUGCGACGUUAGAAGGCUGGAGCAAGUUGACCUGGGACCGUUACGAAAUGGAGGAUUGUCUGUAUUAUGGCGGCAGCAUAGUUUGUGCUGACGACAUCAGCGAGGAACCCACGUGCCAUUUCUAUGGUUUCCCGUUUAAGUUCGAUUCCCAGACCGUGUGGGAGGCGGUCAUCCACUACCUGAAGCCCCCCCACUCCCAAUGCGGUUAUCGGUGCAACACUUGCGAGUUUGGACGGGCGUUGUAUGCUGUUCGAGUCGCGGAGGAGGUCGGCAGAUCGAUUCCCGGCGUUGACCUGGAACACGCUAGUGAGGAUCAAAAGAGACAGCUGGGCUUUGAAAUUGAUAAAUACCUAGUAAACAACGAUAACUGCAGCUAUGUGACAAGUGGCGACGCAUGUAUUCCCCACGUAGCACGUCCAGAUUGCGAUUGCAUCAAGGCCUCGUUCUCCUCCACCUUCCACAACCCAUCAGAUCAGUGGGUAAGGUGGGGGCAGCAAAUUGAUUUCAACACCAAUGAGGAAAUACUCGCGCAAUACUACACUGCCUACAAAAGAACGGGUUAUCGUCCGUACGCAUGCGUGUUCGAUUGCCAUAGUGCUGCUAGCAGCAUGGGGGCGGAAAUUCUAAAGUAUUGGAACAAUACGAAAUCCUAG